AUGGCUAAUUUCAAGUUUGGACGUUGUAAUAUUUGCAAUUUACGUUUACUUCGUGAAAAUGUUUGUACUUUAAGGACUUGUAAUCGUAAUCAUCAAUACCAUGUAAAGUGUAUUACAAAUUGGAUUUCUGAAGGGUGUCAACAAUGUCCUCGAUGCCGAGUUCAUGCUACUUUGGAUGAUAUUAAACCGCUUCAUGUUGAACAAGCCGAUAACGAUGAUGGCGAUUCUGAUAAUGAAUUGACUCAAAGUACAAGUAAUAUGACUAUACAAGAUCCGGCUCCAAUGGAAAGCUACAAAAUCAAUGUUAUUAUUAAGGAUUUGAAUAACGUCAAAAUUACUAUUAAUGAUAUUGAGGCAAAUAUUACAGUUCCGGAAUUAAAACGAAGAAUUGAACAAGCAAAUAAUACACCUGUUGAACAACAACGUUUAAGAUAA